AUGAACGUGAAGAACCCCGUCAAUUGCAAAACUAUUCCGAUACCACUCCAGUUUCAGCAGUUUCAGAUGCCAGUCCCAAAGCCUGAGGAGACUGCUCUCAGUGCACUGCCAUCCUUCGGGUUCCUGUUUGACAUCGACGGGGUGCUGGUGCGAGGAAAGACUCCGAUUCCUGCUGCCAGAACAGCCUUUCGAAAGCUUGUGAACUCUCAGGGACAGUUCUUGGUGCCUGUGGUGUUUGUCACCAAUGCAGGGAAUUGCCUUCGCCAGAAAAAAGCCGACCAGUUGUCUCAUCUGCUGGGAGUUCCAAUUUCCCAAGAUCAGGUGAUGAUGUCACACAGUCCCCUGCGGAUGUUCAAGCGUUAUCAUGAGAAAUGUGUCCUGGUGUCUGGACAAGGACCACUUCUUGAUAUUGCUCAAGACCUUGGUUUCUGUCAGCCCAUCACCAUUGAGACUCUGCGGGAGAAACACCCGCUCUUGGAUGCAGUUGACCAUGACAGAAGACCCAACGUUCUGUCCCCCUCUGCUGUGGAGCUUCCCAAGAUCGAGGCUGUGGUGUUGUUUGGGGAGCCAGUCAGAUGGGAAACCAGCCUGCAGUUGAUAAUAGAUGUUUUGCUGACCAGUGGCUAUCCUGGAAAUCCCUAUCACCAUGAAAACUACCCUCACAUUCCUGUGCUUGCCUGUAACAUGGAUCUCAUGUGGGUAGCUGAGGCACAGUCUCCAAGGUUUGGGCACGGGACAUUCAUGGUUUGUUUGGAGAACAUUUACAAGAAGAUCACCGGCAGGGAGCUGAAGUACGAGGCGCUGAUGGGCAAGCCCAGCCCGCUGACAUACCAGUACGCCGAGCAGCUGCUGCGGGGCCAGGCCCUGCACCGGCCCUGGCACCGGCCCAUCCACACCCUCUACGCCGUGGGAGACAACCUCAUGACGGAUGUCUAUGGUGCCAACCUUUACAACCGCUGCCUUGAAGAGAACUCCCGGAAAGGCUCCAGCUCGCGCGUUCAGGCCCAGGUCUCCGGUGGCAGAGGCUCUGCUGCACUCUCUCAGGACAGUGACAUGGACCACGGCUGGGAGAACCAGCUGGCACCUGCAGCUGCUGCCCACUGCAGGUCUGUGCUGGUUUGUACUGGGGUGUACAACCCCCACAGCGAGGUGCCCUUGGAGACCAGGGACAGCAUCACGGGAGCCGUGUUCCAUGGCCACAGAGAUUUUAGGUUUGAUCCUGGUUUAGUAGAACCAGAUCAUAUUGUACCGGAUGUUGAUGCUGCUGUAGACCUGGUCUUUCAGCUGGAGAACUUCGCACCUAAUUGAGGUGAUGUGAUUUCUUAAGGACCACUCAGUGCUGUGCUUUUCUUCCCAAAAAACAAGCUGUGCUUUACAAUAGCACCACAAACUGCUGCCUUCUAAAAUUUUUUAACUUCUACACUAAUGCAAUCUUACCUUAGGUAUGCUUAUUAGUAGUAUAUAUAGAUAUAUUAGUAUGUUUAAGUAUAUUAAAUAUCAAUAAUGCUUUUUAUAGUACUUCAAAAUAUGUAAUUUUUGGCUUUAGUUGCCCUUUAUUGUCCUCUUCUUCAUUAUGUUAGGUAUUUUAAUAGCAAUAUUUCAUAGUAGGCUAUUCAUGUUACCGGUACUUUAAUUCCCCCAUGACAGUAUCUGUUUUGGUUUUCUGGAAAAUUUAGCCUGUAGGUAUGUGGGAUCUUCAGGGUAUCACAGCAGGGUUUGUUGGGAUCAGCCUCUCAAUUUCAAAUGGGCUGGUACAGCACAACACGUGUUACUGCUGGGUCUUCUGCAUGUAAGGGGUGCUCUCCUAAAUUAGAGUGGAGUUCAAGUCUGUUCUGCUGGGGACUUGCUCACAUAUAACUCUGCUGCUGCCUUUUUUUCUGUUUGCUUUCCCAUAUGUCUGGAGUUGCUAUUUCUUCUCUCUGAUGUGUAAAGCCUUAAUAGAACUGCCUAGGGAGGUUGGGGAAGGCUGACUUGGUACCACCGUGUUGGAACUCCAACUGAGCACAGUCCUGUCUUUGCCUUUCUAUCUGCACAUUUUUUGGAGGAAUUGAGGAUCUUAGAAAGCUUUAGCAAUUUUGUUUUAGGUGUUUCUGUGAGUUGGACUUUACCACUGAAUGAAUGACUACUGCUUGGCCAAAAAGUGCCUCAUAAUUUACUUGAAGCCUCAUACCACUGUGGUAAUUAUCUGGCCUUUAGUGUAACAUAUUUCAUUUUGUGUUCAUGUUAUAUGUUGUUUGAUUCAUGGAUUUUAUAGUUGUUCGUUUAAAAAAACCCAAAAAAGUAAUUUAAUUUAUGUUAUAUUUGUAAAAUACUUCUAAAUGUUUUCAUCCAAGACGUGUCUUUGAAAAUAUUUCUGUACUAAUAAGCAUUGACAGACAGAUGGUGGCACAGGGUGAAAUCACUUCCUGGCCAACUUCUUCACUGCUUAUUAUCCCAAUAGCAACAUCAGAAAACUCACACCACGAAGAGAACACAGCUGCUAUGGGAGUCACCUUUUGGUGCGUUUUCCCUGUUUGCAAACCACCGUAAUCCCCCUCUCCACUGUCAGGAUUUUUGAUUUAUGACUUGUAGUGUUUUGUAAGUAGCUUUCAACGUAUCUUGCUGGAUGCAGUUUAAGAACACUGCUCUAAAUGUUUAUUUCCUGUUUCUUCAUUGGAAAAGUAUUUACAGCAGCACAUUCUUGCCUUUUCAUUGGUACAAUAAACAGAUAUCUCCUAUUUCUUUAGCACUUUCUGUAAUACACCAAGUAUUUGCAAAGUAUGCCAAAUCUUUCUGAGUAAUGAUUGUACUUUUGUAACAUGUCAGGAUGAUUUGAAGUUGUAUUGUUUCAGUACUAAAGCAUGUUGCAGACCUCUAACUAGUACGAGAAUCGGUGAAGCGAGGAAUAAAAAUGUUGGAAAUGUC